AUGGAGAACUCCGAUAGCGCGUCCUCCCUCUCCCCCGCGGCGGCGGAGCCGCACGACUCCGACUCUUCCCCCUCCCUCGCCGCCGCCGACGCGGCCUCCGCAACCAACCUGGGUGCCGCCGCCGCCACCGGCGCGAGCUCGAGGAAGCGGAAGGCACCGGGGGCAGCGACCGCGGCCAGGAAGCCUCGGAAGACGCAGGCUGAAGAGCCGAUUCAGAUACCUGUGUAUUACGGCAUGUUCCAAGAUUUCUCUAUCCCGGUGAGCUGCUGCUGCAGCCAGAGACGAUGUCAUUGCUGGACCUGCAGGCUCUGGAUCAUCAGGCUGUUUCGGCUCCAUCCAGAAACGCAGGAUCUCUCUGUCAAGGCGUUCCACAAACAGCACACCGCUGACUCUUAUGACGAGGAAGGUCCGGAGUGGUUCUUGCAGGAAUACUCGUGGGAGACCCGGCAUUUUUACGAUGACAAAUGCUGGAGUUCAUUCGCCAAUAAGUUGAAGAAGAAGAGGAAUGUGACGCAAAGGUUCAUGCUGUAUGUGGAUUCCUCUGAGAUCAGGCACUGUGACAUUUUGCGCAAAACUUUAAAUGAUGAUUACUCUCAGCUGGAGACAGUUGUGUUUCCUGGGAUGAAAAGCCUGGCAAGUAGUCGUUUCGGCUUCCACAGCCUUGUGCAAAAUCUGGCAAUGACAAGUGAGGAACUUGUAGCUUAUCUCACUCAUUGCAUUGGCGAGCAGAUUAGUCCCACUGAGGCAUGGAGGGCAAGGCAGUAUGCUCUGGAGAGGCAAUACGGUACCUUUUAUGAUUCAUACAACCUGGCACCGAUGUUACUUAAGGAAAUAAAACGUAGAAACCCUGGUGGUGGUUUUGUAGACAUCAAGGAUGCAGAGAUUGCAGGGUGUAAGCAUUUCCGAGUCCUCCACCGUAUGUUCUGGGCAUUUGGACAGUGCUUACAGGCCUUCCAAAACUGUCGCCCUGUGCUAUGCAUUAAGGGCAUGCCACUAUGCGGGAAAUAUAAAGGGGUGUUGGUGACUGCAGUUGCAUUAGAUGCUAAUGAUUUCACCAUUCCAGUAGCAUUUUCUAUCAUUGAGGGCGAGACCAGGGAAAGUUGGCUGUGGUUUCUUAGGAAUUUGGAGCGAGCAGUGGUGCAUCGAUCUGAUAUCUGUAUUAUACGCGACUACAAAAGCGAGUUGAUCAAUGCUGUAGAAGACCUUCUGAGAUCUCAUGAAUGAAAAUGGAGGAGUGCAGAAAGCUGCUGGUGCAUGGAACACCUUGCCGAGAACUUCUUGGCAUAUUUUGGCGACAGGAAACUGGUGACAAUGUUCAAGAAACUUUGUCAGCAGAAGCGACGACAUAAGUUUGGUAAAAUCUGGAAGGAGCUAGACGAGUUGACAUCAAAAUAUAUGAGAAGGAAGGUUGUGCUAGUGGGGAAACACAGCAGGAGUCAGUCAAGCAUGAUGAGGCAGAGCCUGAGGUACAAAGACCAUGCAACCUACCUGAUUCUGUGGCUGAUAAGGAAGCAGGUCAUUCCAAUGGCAGAAAACGAAAGAUAAAAAACUUCUCUGACUGGAUAGGUCUGAAACCAAAGGAGAAAUGAUCACUGUUGCAUGACAAAGAGGGAGCAAGGUAUGGCAUAAUGGGCAUUGAUAUGGCUGGUUUAUAUAAGAAUGACCCUAUAUUGAGAGGGAUAACAUGCCUUCCACUGAAUGCGAUAGUGGAGGUGACAUUCCUGCGCUUGGUAGACUACUUCAAAAAGAGGAGUGCUGCAGCAAACAAAGCAAUCGGUAACCCAUUAAUGAACUUCUCUGAACGUGUCCAGGAUGACAUGAUUUCCAAAAUGCAGAAAGCUGAGAUGCAUGACGUGACUUACACAUACAACGAUGAUAGAAAUGUCCUUGGAGGGGAAAAAGCUCGGAAAUUUACGGUCAAGUCAGGAAAGAAGCAGGUCACAGUUAACCUGAAGUCAGAAUAUAUCCACAGCAUGAAUAAGUCUGAAGGACCCAAAUUUCAGAAAAUUGCCACCUGUACAUGCAACAAGCCGCAGCUACUUCACAAGCCGUGCUCUCAUUUCAUUACCGUCUGCUGUCAGAUUGGAGUUGACACUGCUACAUACAUGUCCCCAUACUAUUGCCUGGAUUAUCUAGUUAAUACCUGGAAGAAAAAUUUCAUUGCGUGUAGGACCCCACGUGACUACAAAAAUACUAUCAUGCCAUCUGGAUUUGAGACACUAACUUGGAUCCCAGACAAAAAGUUGGAGUGUGGUCUUCCUGCCUUUCUAUCACCCGACAGAGUACAAACUACUGUGGACGAGGAAGAGCAACUGGGCAGAGCUGAAAAUGGUUUAAUAUCAGACAAUCAAGGAACCAUAACACACUCAGAAGAACCUAGUCAGGUUUGAUCUUCUAUUAAUUAUCAUCUAUCAAAAUCCAAGUUACUCAUGUUUUUGGACCCUUAAUAUGUGGUAGCUGUUGUGCUCUACUCAUGUUUUGGACCCUAAAUAUGUGGUAGCUGUUGUGCUCGAGUUAGCCUAUGUAAGAUCUGAACCUGUGUUAUUAUCGGCAGUGCUUCCGUGUUUAAUGAAAACUGAAUUUCUUAUU